AUGGCAUCUACUAAGAAAAUUGCUGUUGUUAUCGGUAUGAUGAAUAAAACUGUGCAGUCAAAACAAUGUGUCUUCGGUCAUUUGUUUCUUUUUUUCCUAGGAGUUGGAGCUGGCUUAGGAGCGUCUCUUGCAAAAAGAUUCGCUGCUGGUGGAUAUUCAGUUGGUUUGAUCGCAAGAAAAAUGAGUAAUUUAGAACCGGUUAAAGCAGAAAUAGAACAACAUGGUCAAACAGCACUCUGUGUUGAAGCUGAUGCCAGUGAUGCAAAAUCGUUACAUCAAGCUUUUGAUGUUAUCAGAACAAAAUUAGGUGAUCCAGAAGUAUUAGUUUAUAAUGCCGGUGCUACCCGCUUUUGUGGAAUUUUAGAUUUAAAAGCUGAAGAUCUACAGUCAAUACUUAAUUCAACUGUUAUUGGCGGACUGAUUGCAAGUCAAGAAGUAUUACCAAGUAUGUUAAAAAAUGGAAAAGGCACGAUCUUGUUUACAGGUGCCACAGCGAGUAUGCGUGGCUCAGCCGGUUGUGCUGGUUUAGCCAUUCCUAAAUUUGGACUUCGAGCACUUUCUCAAUCAAUAGCACGUGAGUAUGGACCGAAAAAUAUACAUGUUGCUCAUGUGAUAAUAGACGGUCAGAUCAAUAAACCACGUCAAGUCAAAGAACAACCAGACAGAGAUAUCAAUUCAUUUUUGAACAGUGAUGCAAUAGCUGAAACAUAUUGGCAACUUCACAUUCAACCAAAAUCAACAUGGACCCAAGAAAUUGAUCUAAGGCCAUCUGUCGAGAAGUUUUAA